CGGCACAGGGUGGCCUUAAAUCGGCUCCGCGCCGCGCGUAGCUGCAUCGCCGGCGCCGUCUGAAGGCGGUCACCGCCAUCCGCCGGCAGCACCGACGGGCCGGUCCCGGUCCCGGUCCCACCGCGGCAGGGCCGGCGGGGAGGACACACCUCCGCCCGGCGGCGGGCGAUGCUUCCCCGUCAGCCCCCGGCGCGGUGCCGCCCCGCGCUCGGCGCUCCGGCAUCUCCGCCGUGACCGGCGCAUCUCGCCAGAGAGAUGCCUGGGCAUUGGAAGCUCUCUGCAGCAUGCUGAGGAGACGUAACCUUCUUACUACGCUCCUGAUCGCCUUGCCAUGGGCUCUUCUCCUAACCUUGUGGCACCAGUACCCAACCACCCGCUACCUCAGCCUGCUGAGAAAAGAGACAGAUGAGAACGUGACCUCUAAAGCUCUCCUCAAUGGUACAUCUGCACUGAAAGAAGAAGGCCUCCCAUCAUGCAUUCGGCAGCAGCAAAGCAUAGGGGCAACGCCUAAAGUCAUCCAGAAUUAUGUGUACUCCAGGCCUCCUCCAUGGUCAGACACCUUGCCGACCAUCUUCGUUAUCACCCCUACCUACACUCGGCCAGUACAAAAAGCUGAGCUGACCCGACUGGCCAACACCUUCCUACACGUACAGAACCUGCACUGGGUGGUGGUGGAGGACUCGCCCCGGAGGACCAACCUGGUAUCCAACCUGCUGGAGAAGGCAGGGCUCAACUUCACCCACCUCAAUGUGGAGACACCCAAGAGUUUGAAACUGGGACUGUCCUGGAUCCCAUCCCACACCCCAAGGGGGACACUACAGAGGAACCUGGGGCUGCACUGGCUGAGGGACAGCUUCAGCAACACUGCACCACCGGAAGGGGUAGUGUAUUUUGCUGAUGAUGAUAACACCUACAGCCUGGAGCUCUUUGAAGAGAUGCGCUACACAAGGAGGGUGUCAGUCUGGCCAGUGGCUUUCGUUGGGGGGCUGCGAUAUGAAUCCCCAAAAGUGAGCCCAGCAGGGAAGGUGGUGGGCUGGAAAACCGUCUUUGACCCUAACCGGCCCUUUGCUAUUGACAUGGCUGGAUUUGCUAUCAGCAUCAAGCUGAUCCUGGAGAAGCCCCAGGCCAGUUUCAAGCUGGAGGGAGUUAAAGGAGGCUACCAGGAAACCAGUCUGCUGAAGGAUCUAGUGACUAUGGAUGGACUGGAGCCCAAAGCAGCCAACUGCACAAAGAGGCAGCGGGCAGCGAUCGUUCCCAAAGUUUGUCAGCAACCACAGCAGCUGCAUGCCCUGUCUGUUCUGCCCGGCCCUCUGCUCCACCACUGGAGGAUGAUAAACACCCCCAAACAUAGCCAUGCCGAUCAGCUCCCACUGCCCAAAAGGUGGUAACAAGCAGGGACAGAGCUGAUGUGGUGCCCUGCGAUCCUACAGCUCUUCAUCCUUGACUUCAUGCACUGGCUCCCGUUCCCCGCCUGGGAGAGGAGUGCUUCCUUUCCUCUGCGGGCUCUGUGUUUUUAACCAUUUGUUAAAAUUUAUUAGAUUCAAUCUCCAUUCUCGGCUGUGCCAGCACAGAGGCUGAAAUCCAGGAUGGAUGUGGGUGCCUCUGAAGAUCCCUUCUGGCAUAUCAUGAAACCUGAGCUUCAGUACAGCAGCUGCGAGCUGCAGUGGUUCAACGACGAGAGUUGUCGCAAAAGCACAAACAUGGACCUGUUGGCCUGAGGUUGGUACGCUCUCAAAACAGCUUAAAAGCAAAGCUAGCGUGAGAGAGGCUCUCCCUCUGAAGGAUGCAAUCAGAUACCUACGUGGAUCAGCCUUCAGUGUUGGGGAGGGAGCUGUGCUGAAGCGCCUCAUUUGGGGUUUGGGAGUUCAGAAGGGAUCUGGUGCCUACACUUCACCUGAGAACUUGACCUGCCCUCGCUUAAGGUUGUUAUGGAAAAUGCCAUCCCAGAUCCUAGGCCCAGAGCCCUCUGGAUUAAGUUCCUCUCCUGCUCAAGGGAGAGUUGGCAGGUGCUGUACCUCAAAGGGGCCUCCACAUCUUGCUGCAGAGACCAGAAGGCAGGGGCAAAGAUGGGUGGACUUGAAAGUCUUCUUCCUAGCCUGGAACCCUGCUGCAGCACUGUCAGGCGCUCCGGUAGCCUCAAGUCACACAUAUGGACUUGCUUCCUAGACCUCCACAGAGGAAGACACCUCUCUGGGGUGGAGGUGGGUGAGAAGUGCUCAGAGAAGAAGAACCCUCAGCUUGCGCUCAUCUCCUGUCAGAACGCCGGGGAAUGUGGAGAGACAUCAUCGGGAAACAUAUCUUGGGCACAUAGAUAACAACUGAAAUAGCAAAUGUGACAAGGCUUUCCAUUUGAACUUUGAAAGGCAUGUGUGGCGCUGUGAAGAGAGAGGAGACAGUGUCAUGCGGAAGGGUUUCCCUUUCCCUCAAUAAAACAGGAAGACAGCCAGGUGGAAGGCAACCCACAAAGGAGGAGGUGGCAAAUGAGGACCGAAGGAAGGAUGUACUGGAUUAAAAGCACAAGUGUUGGUACCAUGUGUGUGCGUGGGGAGUGGUGUCGCUGUGACUUUUCCAGGAAGAUUCCUUGAAUGACCCAGAAACCCCUCUGAGCAUAUCUUGAAAACCAUCUUCACUCAGGCCAUGAGAAACAAGGCUUUAGGCAUUCAAAUCACAUUGAGGAUUUCACAGCUGGGGGAAACUUAUCAGCAAUUGAAUCAUCCCCCACCCAACAAAUUCUGAGCUGGCAGGAAACUUAUUUAUUUGUUGAUUUAUUUAUACUAGAAUUCUUCUCUGCCUUGUUUAGUUCUGUUUUUUAGCUUAGAUCACCUGACAUGUUCAUGAAGAAAGAAUAUUUCCCCCCUUGCCACAGAACAGUAGAGCUUGGUGUUCACCGAUGAAUGUCCUAUGUUCUGCACUCCCUGGGGUUUCUUUACAAUGGUGCCUUAAACUGGCAAAAUAAUCAGAAACACAGCAAGGAGGGGAGUACAGCGAAGGGAAUUACAGUUCCUUUAUGCAAGAGACGUGGGUGGCACUAAGUUUCUGGCUCCUGAGCAAUCAUAGCAAGGUAAAAACAUGUGCAAAGGAGUGCCUCACUUAGCAGAUAGUCCCCAUGGGAUCUCGGGAAGCCUCCAUGAAGGGGUCUCUGUGAAGGGUAUCUGAGAGAGGGAGUUGGUCCAUGUUCCCUCAAAUGGGGAAUGAGCACCCACAUAUCCUACUAUAGCAGGGGGGCUAAAGUACAGGAGGGGGCAAAGGGGAUGAGAUGCCUCCUAUCAGAGAGGGAGGCAGGAGAAAUCAAAGAAUAGGCGGCAAAUAGAGAAACAGAGACUGCGUUUAGUGAGGCUUAGGCCAGGGUCUUUCUGGAUGAACAUACUCAGCACUACAAGGCCACCCUGCCAGCUGUCUCAGCAUGAAGAAAUACUGAAUGGGCCGUGAAAACGGUGUCUUCUCUGGGCCCUGGAAAGGUCCUUACAGAGCAAGGUCUGGCAUACUGGCACCAGAUAGCAUGAAGGAAGCCUGGCGUCCACAAAACACUCUUUAUUCUCCAUUUGUCAGAGCUUUGUGUGCUGUCCUGUGCAGGGGGUAACAGGCCUUGCACUCCAGUCGGCUUUGCCAACCUGUCCUGCCACCAGGCAGGUGGGCUCAAUGCUUCCACCCAACAUUAAACCAAGAUUAAGUCCCCUUCUUUGUGGUUUCAAUGAAUGAACAAGAGCGAGGGAAUAAAGGAGUUGAUUUAUGAUCCUCCAUUUUCUCCUCUGAGAUGGGCAGGGUUUCUGCCCGUAUGAACAGGAGGGGGAUAUGGUGAUUAAUUCCCUGGCCUUUAAUCUCGCACAGGUCCUACAUAGGGUUUUGGUACUGACGGUGGGUGUUUGUAGCAAGGAUCUAUUCCCAUUGCAAAAGAUAUCCCUCCACACAUAUUUUCAGGGAAUUUUUCACUCUGCAUCCCUAUAAGAAAGUAAAAUUGUUAUUCCUGUUUUUCCCACCGGGGACCUGGAUUCCAGUGAUAUGCGCUACACUGUCAGUUCAGUGCCAAAGUCUGCUCCCAAGACCAGCCCUAUCGCACCAUCUCCCUUCUUGUCCCAGCCUGGCCCUGUGGAGGAGAGUUUCUGUGAAUCAAGAAAUUCUGUCAGCCACUAAACCAUGCAGGACCAAGACCUUGUAUGGACAACAUGGAUGUACACAGCUGAUAUUCCAGGCUAGCAGACAUUUGGACCUGUUCAGCAGAGCAGCCUAAGGACAGCAAGGACUGCUGCUGGCCGAGGUGUAUCAGCUAAGGGUACGCAAGUAACAGACACCACAAGUUAAGGUGGCUGUUUGUCAGCAGAGCUGGGUGGGAGAGCCCUGGAGUGGAGCAGCGGUUGGAGUUACACGCUUCAGGGAAAGUGUAUGCAGUGAAUGCGAUAAGGAAGGAAGCUGCAGAUCAAGCUUGAAGUAUUUAAAGAAGAGAAGGCAUCCCAGCGCCUGGUUUUUACUAGCAUAUUAGUAUCUGAUAUUCAUGUUCUCUGAGAUUCAUCCAAUUCACCAACCAAUGAAUAUUACUAACAUUUCCUGUUGCAGAAAACACUGUUAACAAAGGAAAAAGAAUGUCAAGAAAGUACUUUUUAAUGGUUAUUUAUUUAUAUUGAAUGGUACUAGAGCGUUAUUAAAUAUUAUGUGAAUAGUA